AUGCUUUUGCUUGCGUUAGAAAAGGACAUGGCCUUCGCCGUUUCUGUUUUAUUAUUCCUUCAAGAUUGGUGCAUGAAAAAGAAUUAUAAAGUGGGUGUCACAGAGAGAAAGCCACCGAAAAGCAGAAAUUAUUUUGAUUGCUUUCCAGCACUUUAUGUAAUUAACAGCCACACACAUUUUCUUCAUUUUCUCUACUUUCCUUUCUUAUUUUCCUUCUUUAUUUCGCUUAAAUUUUCUCGUUUCCCUAUUCUUCUUUCUCUUUUCCCCUCUUUAUUUCACUUCUUCGUUCUCUUUCCCUCUCUUUAUUUCACUUCUUCGUUCUCUUUCCCUCUCUUUAUUUCACUUCUUCGUUCUCUUUCUCUCUCUUUAUUUCACUUCUUCUUUCUCUUUCCCUCUUUUUAUUUCACUUCUUCGUUCUCUUUCUCUCUCUUUAUUUCACUUCUUCGUUCUCUUUCCCUCUCUUUAUUUCACUUCUUCGUUCUCUUUCUCUCUCUUUAUUUCACUUCUACUUUCUCUUUCCCUCUUUUUAUUUCACUUCUUCGUUCUCUUUCCGUCUCUUUAUUUCACUUCUUCGUUCUCUUUCCCUCUCUUUAUUUCACUUCUUCUUUCUCUUUCCCUCUCUUUAUUUCACUUCUUCGUUCUCUUUCCCUCUCUUUAUUUCACUUCUUCGUUCUCUUUUCCUCUUUUUAUUUCACUUCUUCGUUCUCUUUCCCUCUCUUUAUUUCACUUCUUCUUUCUCUUUCCCUCUCUUUAUUUCACUUCUUCGUUCUCUUUCUCUCUCUUUAUUUCACUUCUUUCUCUUUUCCUUUCUUUAUUUCACUUCUUCGUUCUCUUUCUCUCUCUUUAUUUCACUUCUUCCUUCUCUUCUCCUCUCUUUAUUUCACUUCUUCGUUCUCUUUCUCUCUCUUUAUUUCACUUCUUCGUUCUCUUUCCCUCUCUUUAUUUCAAUUUUCUUUCUCUUUUCCCUCUCUUUAUUUCACUUUUCUUUCUAUUUUCCCUCUCUUUAUUUCACUUUUCUUUCUCUUUCCCUCUCUUUAUUUCACUUCUUCGUUCUCUUUCCCUCUCUUUAUUUCACUUCUUCGUUCUCUUUUCCCUCUCUUUAUUUCACUUCUCUUUUCCUUUUCCCUCUCUUUAUUUCGCUUCUUCUGUCUCUUUCCUUCUCUUUAUUUCACAUUUUCUCUAAAGUUUUCCCUCUUUAUUUCAUUUCGUCCUUCUCAUUCUCACAAUGUAUUUCACUUCUUUCCAUUUUCCUUUCUUUAUUACACAUUUUAUUUCUCUUUUCCCUCUCUUUAUUCCACUUUUCUUUCUCUUUUCCCUCUCUUUAUUCCACUUUUCUUUCUCUUUUCCCUCUCUUUAUUUCACUUUUUUCUCUUUUCCCUCUCUUUAUUUCACUUUUCUUUCUCUUUCCCUCUAUUUCACUUUUCUUUCUCUUUUCUCUCUCUUUAUUCCACUUUUCUUUCUCUUUUCCCUCUCUUUAUUUCACUUUUCUUUCUCUUUUCCCUCUCUUUAUUUCACUUUUCUUUCUCUUUUCCCUCUCUUUAUUUCACUUUUCUUUCUUUUUCCCUUUUAUUUCUUUUUCUUUUUUCCCUCUUUUAUUUCACUUUUUUCUUUCUCUUUUCCUUCUCUUUUUCACUUUUCUUUCUGUUUUCCUCUUUUAUUUCACUUUUCUUUCUCUUUCCCUCUCUUUAUUUCACCUUUUCUUUCUCUUUUUUCCUCUUUUAUUUCACUUUUCUUUCUCUUUUCCCUCUCUUUAUUCCUUUUCUUUUCUUUUCCCUCUCUUUUUCACUUUUCUUUCUGUUUCCUUUCUUUUAUUUCACCUUUCUUUCUCUUUUCCUCUCUUUAUUUCACUUUUCUUUCUUUCUUUUCCCUCACUUUAUUCCACUUUUCUUUCUUUUUCCUCUCUUUAUUUCACUUUUCUUUCUCUUUUCCCUCUUUUUAUUUCACCUUUCCCUCUUUUCCCUCUUUUAUUUCACUUUUCUUUCUCUUUUCCCUCUCUUUAUUUCACUUUUCUCUUUUUCCCUCUUUAUUUCCCUUUCUUUAUUUCCUCUUUUAUUUCACUUUUCUUUCUCUUUUCCCUCUCUUUAUUUCACUUUUUUCUUUUCCUCUUUUUAUUUCCUUUUUUCUUUCUUUUUCCCUCUCUUUAUUUCACUUUUCUCUUUAUUUCACUUCAUUUUUUCUUUACUGCUCUUUACUUCAUUGGUCACUUCUUUUGCUUUCCUUGUUCUUUUCUCAUCUCCUCUCUCUUCCUUUCCGACUAUCACUUUUCUCCCCUUACCUGACUUCAUGUUUCUCUCUAACCGUUAUUGUCAUUACCCAUCUUUUUCUCCCUCCCCUCCUGUGAAACGUGUUUCUUAUUGUUAA